GAUAAACAAACUCUAAAUAAUAAAGAAAACAAACUUGCUUACGUCAUAAGCGUCAAGUAAAAAAAGUUAGAUAGUUUGAACUGAAAAAAACAAUGUCAGGAACACCAAUCUGCCCAACUUGUCAUAAGCGUGUUUAUUUCAACGAAAGAUUAACUUUCGCUGGUAAGGAUUAUCAUAAAAUUGGUUGCUUCAAAUGUACUUCAUGCCAUAAGACACUUGAAAUUUCUAAAGCUCGUGAGUCUGAUGGCAUGCCUUAUUGUGUUAAUUGUCAUGCACAAAAACAAGGACUUAAAGGAUUCCAACCAGGAAAUGUUCUUACUUCAUAUACUGGUUAUGGUGGAGGAAAAGGAGAGGUUGAUAAUUCUACUGUUGUUGGUGGUAGAAUUGCUGAGGUUGCUGCCCAAGAAGAGGCUGAACAAAUGAGAAAUGCUCCAGUCAGAUCAGAACCUGCUCCAUCUGAUCUUCCAAAGUUCUGUCCAAGUUGUGGUGCCAAGAAUAAUGGAGGAAAGUUCUGUAGUGAAUGUGGUAACAAGUUUUAAUUAAUUUACGUUCAUCCUCGUAGUAAUUUAUUUAAGAACAUUUAUUAUUAAAUAGAAAAUCACUAUUCUUUGUAUUUUUUAUUUUCACUUAAAGGGUUUUUCUGUUUAAAUAACAUUAUUAAAUGUCCAGCGAGUGUUUAUUUAAUUUUUUUUAAUUAAGUCUUACUUAGGUCGUUCAUAAUAAUUGAUAAGUUAAAUAAUAAGUAUUUACGUUGAAUUUCUUGUUGUUGGAAUUUAAAUUAUUGAGUUAUUAUCAAAUAAUCAUCUACUCUUUUAGUAUCAAAAUAAAUUUGCUGAAUCAAAAGAUUAUCAAAAGUUCGUUUUAAUUUCUUUUAUUCAUUUGGUUUUUAGCUUUAUCUAUUCUUUUUUG